GUUCUGCUUAGCUGGUUCAUUUUGAUGUUUGAGCCUCUUCCACUGCAGGCUCGUGUGGUACCUGUUCCGUGGUGCUGCUGUGUAAAGAAACAGUCCUUAAGCGCUGUUUCUUUCACUGCCUGUUUGCAGUGCCUUGAGUACUGAUUGGAAUAGGGAACAUGGUGUCCAGUCAUGAGUGGGUACUAGUUUAUGGAAGAAGUUUGGGGCAGAAAUAGUCUAAAGUAUCACGGUGAGUUACUUUCUGAGUUUGCAUGCAGCUGAAAGCUUUUCUCUGGGAUAGGCAGGUAGUGUAAUACAACUUGGUUGGUUACUGUUCCCUGUGGCAAGGGGAACUGGAGCUAGAGUGCGUUGCUUCUAGGAGCUGUGGGCCAGCCCCUGCAGUACUUUUUCUGAUGAAAGAGGAGUCUUUAUUUAGGUGCUUAGGAACACAGUUUAGCGGUGGACUUGGCAGUGUUAGGUUUACGGUUGGACUCGAUGAUCUUAAGGGUCUUUUCCAACUUAAAUGAUGCUACGAUUCUAUGAUUUCUACAGAAUUUUCCAUAAUAUCAAUGUUUUUGUUUUAAUGUACACUACUUCUCCUGGAAUGAUAUGUGUUCUUUGCAAAGGAGAAGAUGUUAGAUUUGUAAAGGCUUCUACCUAUAGUAACCUGGGCAUCUUUGGGCAUCUUUCUUUUGCCAUGUAAAGUACCAUAUUUCCUUCUACUCCUCAGUAGCAACUUGCAAUUUAAGUUGCGAUACAGAUAAACAUGACUGUACGGCAGGAGGCUGAAGGGGGAAUGGUAAUUAGAUGUUAAUUAUUCAUUAGUAUAUUAGUUAAAAGAAUUGCAGGUUCAAUUUUUAAUACUCAAGGAAGUAAUCUUUGAGCCUUGCCUCUUCACUGUUUAUUUGCUGGGCCUUGAAUACUGAAUGGAUUUAGAUGAUUUCUAGUCAUGAAUUGGUUCACUUGUGGGAGAAAUAAUUAUCUGUUCACUUACUGCAAGCCAGUCUCAUUACUGGAGAUGACGUGUGCUCAUGCCAUAUGCUUGAGACUCCUCAGGCUUUCAUGUUUAGGCCAUCACAAGCUUUAUCUGCUGAAUGGAGAACAGUGAGUGGAAAUCACAUACCAUUUGGGAACUGCUUGUCUAUUUCUAGACUUAAUGGAUAGAAACCUGUCUGUCCUGCGGAUCAGGCGUGUCAUGCAAAGCGGGCACUUUGUUUGGGGAAUGUGCACAAAGAUGUGCUACUGCUUGUAUACUAGUAAGUAAUUGCCACAGAUACAAUAUGAUUCAAGAUAUUCAAGAUAUAAUUGAUUUAACUGAAAAACAGUUAUCCCUGUUUUGAGCUAUUGCUGCAAAAGAUGUUUGAAAGUCUAAAUUAUUUUUUAUUUGAGUGUGUGUAAUUCAGGAAAAGGAAGUGAGGAAGACCUAUUCAUAGUUUUAUUAGGUUCAUCUAUCUCUUUGCAAGACAGAAGGAACAGGUAAGCUCCAGAUUCUUAUGGCUGAUGCUACAGAGCACGUUGGUUUGGCAGCCUUUCUUGGUCCUGCCUUGUCUCUAUUACACUGUACUUAGAUGAUAGAGAAGGUCAGAUUUUUAGGAUCAGGAGGGACUCUUCUGACUUGCAGUGUGGCAAGUCAGAAAUACCAGGUAUUGGCCAUUGACUUGUGAACAGACUGAGGAUAACUGGUGUAGGGCUUACUGCGGGUGCUAACUCCCAGAAUGAGGGGUGUACAGGGGGCUGCAGCCUUCUAAAGAUAUCUGGGCUCAGAGCAUUCCUAAGAGCUUUGCUCUGCUCAAGCAAUGAGGCAAGGUGCUAUUCUGGUCCUGGCUUCCUUGUGCUUUGUUGCCUUAAUUUGUAGUUUACUUUGGACAAAAGAAGAGCAGCUGCUUAAGGAUGAGUGCAGAAGAAAGGAGUAGAGUCCAAUUUACUGAUUGUAAUGGGUGCGAAAAUAGCACCAGCAGCUGUGUAUGUGUUUAGGGUUAGAGGCCUCUUGAGAACAUACUUGCUGAAAGUUAACAAGUCUCUCUUAGCAAAGAGUAAAUUAUAUGUUUCUGUCUUGGAGUGAGAGAAUAGAGCACAGAUAAUCAAAAUCUGUGAAUAAAGGGGAGUAUGUUAAUACAUGCUCAUGGGAUUUGGUGUUUCCACAGGACAGCAUAUGUUCAGUGCUAUCUGUGAAUUAGCUUAGCUCUGUGGGCUGCAAAGGCUUCUUUGAAACACUGAUUUUAUUGAGCUCUUGUAUGAGCAGUCUUCCUUUGUGAGGCCUCACCUUGUCCAAGCUGGAGUUUUUUACCUUAUGCCCCUUCUCUGAAGGACAGGCUUUCCUGUUUGUUGUCAAGAUGAGAGUGGUAAAAUUUUUAUUCAGAGAGAAUCUUGGAGUGGGAAAUGGCUGGUUGUCUUCCCUCCAGGAUUAGAAAGAAAGUAUCAGGUGGUUGUGUAUCUGCUUGACGCUUAACUUGCAAUUUUGUAUGGCAGGAAUCAUAUAAAUGCUUUUCUAUUGUUGCCCCUGAGACCUGCUCAACCUGACGGGUGCACCAACUGUUCCUUUUCUGAGACCAGCUCUUUCUUGGUACGUUAGUCUGAGCUAAUGCUGUGCUGCUUAUCUGAAAGAUUGGAGAUGUUAUUUUAAGAAACUGGCAAAGCUGAACCAAACUUGACUGGCACUUUCUGCAUGAGAUGUGUUUAGUCUUACAGUCAUUUUAUGGGUUUUUAAGAAGACAUAAGCUGCUCUUGGGACUGAUGCUAAAAAGGAAAGAGAAGGCCAGAAGGAGUAUUGACUGUAACCAUCUCUGUGAGUUGAGGUGUGGGGGUGUAUGCUGUUGUAAAGGCACCUGGAGGAGUCUGAAGCGAUGCCACCACCUUCGGACAUUGUGAAAGUAGCUGUUGAGUGGCCAGGUGCCAACGCCCAGCUGCUGGAAAUAGAUCAGAAAAGGCCUCUUGCAUCCAUCAUCAAGGAGGUCUGUGAUGGGUGGUCGUUGCCAAACCCUGAAUACUACACCUUGCGGUAUGCUGAUGGUCCUCAGCUGUACAUCACAGAGCAGACUCGCUGUGAUAUCAAGAACGGAACUAUCCUACAGCUGGCAGUCUCUCCGUCUAGGGCAGCUCGUCAGCUGAUGGAGAGGAUCCAGUCACACAGUAUGGAAGCCCGACUGGACGCCAUGAAGGAACUGGCUAAACUGUCAGCAGAUGUGACCUUUGCCACAGAGUUCAUCAACAUGGAAGGGAUUACAGUGCUGACACGGCUUGUGGAGAGUGGGACCAAGCUUCUAUCCCAUUACAGUGAGAUGCUGGCUUUCACCCUGACCGCCUUCUUGGAGCUCAUGGACCACGGCAUUGUCUCUUGGGACAUGGUCUCAAUAACCUUCAUCAAACAGAUUGCGGGGUAUGUGAGUCAGCCCAUGGUAGACGUCUCCAUCCUCCAGCGAUCCCUGGCCAUUCUGGAAAGCAUGGUGCUAAACAGUCAGACUCUGUAUCAGAAGAUAGCAGAAGAGAUCACCGUGGGGCAACUCAUUUCUCAUCUGCAAGUCUCAAACCAAGAGAUCCAGACAUAUGCCAUUGCUCUGAUCAAUGCCCUCUUCCUGAAGGCACCUGAGGACAAGAGACAGCAGGACAAGCUGCUUAACCCACUAGACCUGCCCAUCACUGAAAUGGCUAAUGCAUUUGCCCAGAAGCACCUGAGGUCUAUAAUCCUGAAUCAUGUGAUCAGAGGAAACCGCCCAAUUAAAACAGAAAUGGCACAUCAGCUGUACGUGCUACAGGUCCUGACCUUUAAUCUCCUGGAAGAAAGAAUGAUGACCAAGAUGGACCCCAAUGAUCAGGCACAGAGAGACAUCAUAUUUGAGUUGAGAAGAAUUGCAUUUGAUGCAGAGUCUGACAGCAACACCGUCCCUGGCAGUGGAACAGAAAAACGUAAAGCCAUGUACACCAAGGACUACAAGAUGCUGGGGUUCACGAACCACAUCAAUCCAGCCAUGGAUUUCACUCAGACUCCUCCAGGGAUGCUGGCAUUGGACAACAUGCUCUACUUGGCCAAAUUUCAUCAGGACACCUAUAUUAGAAUUGUGCUGGAGAACAGCAGUCGAGAAGAUAAGCAUGAGUGUCCCUUUGGGCGCAGUGCCAUUGAGCUUACCAGGAUGCUUUGUGAGAUUCUGCAAGUUGGGGAACUGCCCAACGAAGGCCGGAAUGAUUAUCACCCCAUGUUUUUCACCCAUGACCGUGCAUUUGAAGAGCUAUUUGCCAUCUGCAUCCAGCUGUUGAACAAGACCUGGAAAGAAAUGAGGGCAACAGCAGAAGAUUUUAAUAAGGUUAUGCAGGUUGUGAGGGAACAGAUCACACGGGCUCUCCCCUCUAAACCAAACUCCUUGGACCAGUUCAAGAGCAAACUGCGCAGCCUGAGCUAUUCUGAGAUCCUGCGACUACGCCAGUCUGAGAGAAUGAGCCAAGAUGACUUCCAGUCGCCACCUAUUGUGGAGCUGAGAGAGAAAAUCCAACCUGAGAUCUUGGAGCUGAUAAAGCAACAGCGCCUGAACAGGCUCUGUGAGGGAAGUAGCUUUCGAAAAAUUGGGAAUCGUAGAAGGCAAGAAAGAUUUUGGUACUGUCGCCUGGCUCUGAAUCACAAGGUGUUACACUAUGGAGAUCUGGAAGAUAAUGCCCAGGGGGAAGUGACCUUUGAAUCUCUACAGGAAAAAAUUCCAGUUGCAGACAUCAAAGCCAUUGUCACAGGGAAGGAUUGUCCACACAUGAAGGAGAAAAGUGCACUGAAACAGAACAAAGAAGUGUUAGAGUUGGCGUUCUCGAUACUAUAUGAUCCCGAUGAGACCUUGAACUUCAUUGCACCUAAUAAAUAUGAGUACUGUAUUUGGAUUGACGGCCUCAACGCUCUCCUGGGGAAGGACAUGUCCAGCGAGCUGACCAAGAGCGACCUGGACACGCUGCUGAGCAUGGAGAUGAAGCUGCGGCUGCUGGACUUGGAGAACAUCCAGAUCCCCGAGGCGCCGCCGCCCAUCCCCAAGGAGCCCAGCAGCUACGACUUCGUGUACCACUACGGCUGAGGCGGGCCCGGAGCGCGCGGGGC